ACUUCCUGGAGAUGGCACACAAACCGGACUACGUCCUUACGCGUGACUACCUCAAUAACAAUCGAAUCAACCUCCAUCAUUACCUCUGCGUGGAGCUCUUCGGAUAUCACACCCAUCCGGACAUUCCUACAGCGGAUCCCAAUCUGAAAGUCGCAGACGUAGGGACGGGAACAGGUAUCUGGCUCACAGACUUAGCUAGGCGGUUACCGAUGACACUUCCUUCCAAUGUCCACACUCGCGUGUGGGAUAUCAAAACAGAUCUUCCGGAGGACUUGAUCGGUGUCUAUAAUAUAGUCCAUGUAAGACAUUUUACUUUGGUCCUGCUGGAAGAGGAGGUGGAGAAUAUUCUUACUAGACUCUUUAAGCUCCUCAAAGUGGAUAUGAACUUGUGGCGUAUUCUCAAAACUAACCCGAACAAUCAGUCUGAUGCUUUGGAGGGACUCUUUCAAGCACUUCAAGGGCAAGACAAUAGGUUAAGCUGGACUUAUGUCUCUAGUCUCGUGUCUUGUUUUGAAGCUGCUCGGUUUAAAAAUGUCAAGUCCGAAGCCAAGGAUGUACCUCUAUAUCUUGCUCUUGUUUUGCAUGAAUGCAACCUGUUAAUCACCGAUAUUCUGCCACGCAAGAUGAAGAAUAAAAAGGUAAAGGAAUUUGUCAAGGAGAUAAUGCCCCGGGUUGAGAGCGAAACUUGUGAAGGUUCCUGCUGGGCCUUUACUCGGUGGAGUGUGGUAGGGAGGAAACCCCAGUAG